CAAGCCUUUACAUUUCUCCAGUUAUAUUCAGUCUGUGUAGGGAGUAGUACACAAUUUCUAACUCAAGAAACGUAGAUACCAACACACAGUCACGGAAUGGCCCCAGUUUUGAGGUCAAAAAGACCAACCCCAGGUCGAACCCAACCCAAGCGCAAAAUUAAACAGGAACAUGUGCUUUCGAAUAUAAUAAGAGAAGGGAUGAAGAAGUUAGGCGAAGCAUCGCCGGAUGAUGUUAAGGUCCUUGAAUUGCCUAGAGAGUUGAGAUGUUCUGUUACGUCGAUUUCUAGUAUCCAGGAGAGUAAUCCUCCUGCACCACAGCAAGCUAAUAAGCCAAAGCCAAACCAUUCAACGGACCAAACGCAGAGCGUUUUGAUGAAAGUUUCACCUGGUACUGAUUUGAAUGGCUUCAAGCCGUUAACUACAGUGUCGGUGAAUGAUAACCCCUUCGUAAACUUUCUCCAGGAUAUAUCCGUGGCUCAAGGCAGUAAGCCCGUAAAUAAUAUACAGGAAGCAUUGGAUAAAUGGCGUAUAAUGACACCCGAGCAAAGGAGAGACUUUUAUCCUGAGAACUAUGUCCUGAAAUUAUUUAACCAAGUGCAAAAUCGAGGUGAUAUUUUUAAUGCUGUUGGGCUUCACCCGGAUAAUGAUUUACAAGAGACUGUGGUUUAUGAAGGGCGUGAACUUUCAGAAGCUCAAUUCAGUGGGGCUAAGGAGCAGAAACCAAAGGUCAAGGCUGAAACUAAUAUGAAGAAGACGACCCAAGUGCGUAAGCCUGUUAAGCGGUUGAAGGCAAAAGCACGCGGAGUGGUGACCCCGAAAAAACCGCCCAAGAUACAAGGUGCUUUAUCGGUACCGGUUCGUCGCACAAGUAGUGUCCCGGCCUAUAAACAUUUUUUUCGCAAAAUCAUGCAAAGCAAUCCUGGCUUAUUAUCCGUGGAGGUAGCCUCCUUAUGGCGUAAAAUGGACCCAUCCGAUAAGGAUUUCUAUCGAAUAUCCAGCACCAAUUGCAUAAAAAAAGCUCAAGAGGCCAAAACGCAAGUCCAGAAGAUAGUGCGAUCCAAGACCAAGAAAGUUUCGAAAUUGCCCAGUCCAAGGCGACAAGUAAGAAACCGGAAAAUUUCACGAUCUACCCAGGUUCCUGAGAAUGCCUUUGAUGACUCGGAAAGCGACUCUGAUGUUAGAGGUGGCCAACUGCAAGUUUGGACAGGAAACAUUUCAGAGUCAUGGCAAAGUAGGCUCUCCUGGCCGAGAUUUGAAUAUUUAUCAAAUGCAAUAGACAAGGUAAAGCAUUUAUUUAACUAAAUAUUUGCUCAAGUUUUAAUUAUAAAUGUUAAA